AUGAAGCUUAAUAAAGCUAAACGAGCCGCUCGCGCGCGUGCCCUGCGGGGCCGCGCUGCCCGCAAGCCCGCAGCCCCCCGCCGCCCUGCGCCUACCACCGCCCGCCGCCCUGCGCCCACCACCCCCCGUCGGCCCGCGCCCCCCGGUCCGGUCUCGACUCCUCGCCGGCCUCCCCCUGUGGGGAGUGCCAUAAUUCCGCCACUGGCGGUUCGCGCUGCUGGCGCUGUUCCUCCGGGCACAGCUGCCUGCCCCUAUAAGCCCUGUAGCAGUGUUCCCCCCGUCGCCGUCGUCUAUGCGCGGCGCCUUGUUGCGGCGCUCGUCGCGGAGGACGAGCGGGUAAGCUUCUCCGCAGAGAUCGCUGCGUCCCGGCUUUGGCCGGUGGUUCAAGCUCUGCUCGAAGAAGAUGUCGUGGAGGAGGUGGAGGAGGAGGAGCAGGGUGUCGUCUCCCCUGGGCUCCUGGCGCCUCGUCAAUCUCCUUAUGGUUUAGGCGUUCUGUGUUUUCUGUGUUUUCGCGCAUCUCAUGUAUUAAAUCCCUGCUCAAACUCCAUAGCAUAG